UUAAUAGUUUUAAUAAUGGCACAGAAGAGACCCCAAGAAGAUGGUAAGGGUCGACCCUCAGAAGCGUUUAGUCCUGAUCAGGAUAAAAAGAGAAGGGUUCCUGCAUUGAGAAAUGUGGUUCAGGAGGGGAUGAAGUUGCAACCAGUCCAGCAUUUGCUGGAGACAGUUUUGGAACCAUUAAUUCGUAGGGUGGUCAAAGAGGAAGUUGAAGUGGCUCUUAGAAAGCAUUUGAAUAACUUGAAAAGGAAUGAAGGGAAGGAGGUAAAUUCUACUGAAUCAAGAAGUUUGCAAAUCAAGUUUUUAAAUAAUCUUUCUCUUCCGGUGUUCACUGGAGCUCGAAUCGAAGCAGAAGAAUUUUAUGCCAUUAAGGUUGCCAUAGAUGUGCUUACUGGACAAAUAGUUUCCUCUGGUCCCGAGGCUUCUUCCAAAGUAGAAAUUGUAGUCCUUGAGGGAGAUUUUGACGGUGAUGAGGGGGACCAUUGGACACUUGAAGAGUUUAAGAAUAACAUUGUAAGAGAGAGAGAAGGGAAGAAACCUCUUCCUGCCGGAGAUGCAUUUCUAACUCUUACCGAGGGAAUUGGAUUAGUGGGUGAGAUAUCGUUCUCAGAUAAUUCAAGCUGGACGAGAAGCCGUCGUUUCAGACUUGGUGCAAGAGUUGUGGAUGGCUCUGAUGGAACUAGAGUAAGAGAAGCAAAGACACAGUCCUUCAUUGUUAGGGAUCAUCGUGUUGAAUUAUACAAGAAGCACCAUCCUCCAUCUCUUUCUGAUGAAGUAUGGAGAUUAGAGAAAAUUGGCAAAGAUGGAGCUUUCCAUAAGCGGUUGAAUCGGGAAAAUAUCAACUCUGUAAAGGAUUUCUUGACCAUGCUCUUCAUAAAUCCUCCAAGGCUGCGACAUAUCCUCGGCACAGGUAUGUCUGCGAAGAUGUGGGAAGUCAGUGUGGAGCAUGCUCGGAAAUGUGUUCUCGAUAAGAGAAUUUUCUUGUACUGCCCUCCCGGUUCUCAACAGAAAUCCAGUGUGGUCUUCAACAUUGUUGGGCAAGUGAUAGGUCUACUUUCGGAAUGUCAGUAUAUUACAAUUGAUAAGCUGUCAGAAAUAGAGAAGGCAUACUCUCUAUCUGAUUUCAUUUUAUCUCUUUAA